AUGAGAUCUGCUGCUAAUUCCACCAAUGGACGUGAUGCUAUGAAACCAAGAAAAAAUGUUGAUGUUGUUAAAAGAAGUUCACAACAAGAGUUAACUGCUACUAUUCCAGUGAGUGAUUCAUGGGAAGGUAAAAUUGAUAUUACUGGUGUUACUGGAAUUGGUAAUGAUGUUCAUACUAUUGGUUCAUUAGGUUUAUUAAGUAAGAGUCUUGUAUUUAGAGAAUUAUGUGAUUGUUUUGAUCAAUUUAAAAUUAUGGAUGUACAUAUUUGUGGUGAUGUUACUAAAGGUGUAAGUGCUAAUGUUUCAUUUAAUACUGUUUGGAAUACAAAUUAUGCUUAUAGAGUAAGUACUGAUAAUGGUGUUAAUUAUACUUCUUAUACAUAUAACGAUUUUAUUAAAUUAAUUACUACUGGUGAUUUGACUGAAGCUGAACAAUCAAAUAACUUACUUACUUAUUUAAAUACAAAUUAUUCAUAUGGUAAAGCUAUUAAUAAACCUUCUAAUGAACAAGGAAGUAUUGUUACACAAGAAAUAACAUUUCCUUGUAUUUAUGGAAUGGCUGCUAGACGUACAAUUCCUAAUGGAUUUUAUCAAAAUGUAAUUGGAAGUAAUACUUAUUAUAGUGAACCAUCUUAUGAUGAGUUUUCUUCUUAUUCUUCUUAUAUUUAUCAAUCUAAAAUGCCAGGUGCACCAAUGCAUUUAUCAUUAGAUAUUCAAGGUGUUAGUAGUAGUGAAAAGAUGAUGACAAUUCCAACAAUUAUGAGUGGUAAAUUAUAUGAAUUUAAACCAGAAUUACAGAAUGGUAGAUUUAUUCCUUGUGUAUUGUAUGGUGCAAAAGCUCAAUUGCCUGGUAUGACUGGUGAUGAAAAUAAUCGUAUGUUGAGUGUUGUUCAAUAUUUUGAUGAAAAUCAAUCAGAAUGGAAUACUGCUUCAAGUGUUAAACAGACUAAUACUGUUGUUCUUGAGAAAGGUGCUGAACCAACUGAACAAGCUCCUAAUGAUUUAUAUGCUAUAUUAAAAGAAGGUGUUAAAAUUGAAAUAACUGAAAUCAGAGGUACCAGACUCGAUUUUAUUGAUAAUAAUCAAUGGACUGCUUAUUUGAAUCAGGUUAGUACUAAUGCUAGUUUAACAAUUAAUGAUAGUUAUAUUCUUAAAGUUAUGGGAUAUAUUACAGUAAGAUUUAAGCAAUUGAGAACAACUAAGAAUGAAAUUGUUGAAUCGUUUUCUUUCUUACAUUGGUAUAUUUCUGAUGGUUCAAGUGUAUUAAAUGAAAUGAUUCCUCUUACUGGAAAAGGACAUUAUGAAAAUGAUUAUAUGUAUUUUGAUAUUUAUAUUAGAAAACCUAAUGAGAAUUGGAAUAAUGCUAUUACUAAUGCUUCUUAUAGUAAUAAUGAUUAUGUUUAUGCUAUUCUUAUGGGAAGUGUUAGUAAUGCUCUUAGAAUUUAUUCUUAUGGUGUUGCUAGCGAUUCUUCUGAUUUUGAUAUGAAUAAUUUCUUUGAUGAUGUUAUUGGUACUACUUAUGAAAAUAACUAUUCUAUUGCUGUUGGAGUUAAAUAUAAGAAUAGUGUUAUUAGUAAUUCUGGUAAAUUUACUAUGAAUGGUGGUGGACUUAAUAUUGGAAGAUCUACUUCUGAUGAUUAUAUUGCUGCUGUUUUUACGAAUAAUAAUACAUCCAUUUCUUCUACUUAUGUUAGUAAAGUUGAUUCUUUAUCUGGUAAGACUGUGCCUUUAUUAUAUGUGAACUAA